AUGGCCUGCGACCCACUGUCAUCCGAUAGAGGAGGCUGCGAGCUCUCGGACGUGCCGAUGGCUCCUGCGACGGCCAUUCCGCGCGAUGUAUGGACCGUCGUUCAGUCCGGUGUGGCGCCGCGCGACGUCGUCGUUGGGUCGCUGCACGAUCGCAAACGGCGAUCGCUUCAGUGCGACGGUCGCGCGUCGUUCAACCUCGCGAGUCGUGAUCCUUCGCCCGCUCCGAUGGACGCGUCGCGCGUCAUCCACGCAGAUACGUCUCGCGCCAUUCACGCACGCACGGCCGCCGCAGGAACUAGGUCUCCGCCACGAUCAUUGUCUACGUUCACGCAGCCGCCAUCGUCGCCGCCGCCGGCAGCGCUAGCUCUUAGAAGAUCAGCUACAGGCGAAGCCAGAGAUCUUGCCACCAAACCGUUUCCUCGAACCUUGACCACAACCUCCAAUCCCGCGCCGCGGCCCCUUCUGGAUCCAGACCGUAUCGUGCUUGAUAGUGACAUGGCCCGUGCCACGUGUCCGUCAUCGGCAGACUCGUUUCGUCAAGCGUGCGGCCACGAUGUCCUUGCGAGAAACCCGCAAUCGCAAGACUGGAGUGUGCCAGCUGGCAGAUCGUUUCUCCCGCGCCUCGACCGGAUUCACAUAAGCCCCCCCGCGCCUUCCCCAGGUGUUGCCUUCCCCAAUCACGACCUCCCCCGUCCCGCGCAACAACAAAAGUUAGGGUUAUCCGCGUCCGCGCCGCACGGCUCUCUUCCGCUGAGACUGCAGUGCUCGUGGAUGUGGGAGCAGCCGAUUCCAUCGAGUCAACCGAGUCAACCUAGAGAACCUGGUCAACGGGUCCAGCUGAUUCAAUCCACAGACGAACCGCCACCCGUGGUCUACUCGCCACAGGCAGGCCAUGCCACAUCGCCACUCCCCUCGCGCGCACCGGCGGCCUUGGCGCCUUCGUCGCAGCGCGGCUUGGAGCAGGCCGUGCACUCGCCCAAGAAGCCACGUGGCAGUCCCGAAGCGCUUGGGCGGCAGGCGUUGGCUCUUGCGGUCAGCGAACGGGAAGAGGAGAUUUUCCAGAGGCGGCGCGAGCAGCGGCUGCGGAUUCUGGGCGACUUGACACACGCGCUCGACGAACCGGCGGCGGCUUGCGCCGCUGCCGUUGCCGCGGGCCCCGACGGACAAAGCCCGCUGUUCGUUAUCCGCCAGGGUCCGUUCAGUUGUCGCAUAAGGAGUCGUGCUUGUAACGCGGAAAAGGCUAGUAGUAAGGGGGGUGUGACUGAAAUGAGAGAAAAAGGAUUAGUCGCGACAGGAGGGGGCGCGGUUGAGGGGGGCGACACAACCGCCGCCGGAUUCGCACCGGGGGAUGGGGCAGAGGCAGGCGCAAACGGCAGGGACGGCGGGGGUGUCGGGGUAGGAAGGCGGAGCGACGAGGAGCGCAAUGGGGCUGGCGCAUUGGCGGAGCCGCGAACUCGGGGGGCGACAUUGGCGGUGGAACUCCGCUCGACGAUGCGCGUGGAGGUUACUAGUCCGCACGCCGCCGCGCUCGCGUCGCUCGAUGCGCGCAAGGCCCUCCCGUUUCUCGCUGCGCCAUUUGCGCCGCUUCCGGCGGGCUGGAAGCAGCAGCGGCGCGUGCGAGCGCGCUCUGCCUUUGAAAGCCGUGACCUGAUUGGCGGUGGGGCGGAAGGCUUCCCCAGCUCCCCAGGGCAGGCGGAGUUGAUCGCGGAAGGCGCAUUGCGCUCGCCCGCGCUAGCGCGGGAAGCUGCGGAAUGCGGAAAGCGCGCGCAGAAGCGGCGGAAUAGCAGCGAAUGGGAGCUGUACGCGAGCCGGGAAGGGGCGCGCGGGGAAUGGGGGCGCGGGGAAACGGGCGGGCCGGCGGACACCAGGCGCGGCGGAAGGAGUAGCAGGGGCGGAGAUUCGAGCGUAGGGACUCGGCGGGAUGGUACUGGUCCGGGGGUUGGGGGAGGGGAGGCGGAACGAGGAGGGCAGCACGAGGUGGAGUCGAGGGGAGGAGCGCGGGAAGAGAGGGAGAAGGAAGGAGCGAGGGAGGAGGAAUGGGAAUGGGUGAACAGUGGUGGCCACAUGGGCAGUGAGGGUGGAGGGGGUUUGUCUUCUUCUGGUGCGGCUGGGGUUGCUGCUAGGUUCCCCCUGUGGGUGCGGAACAGUGAAGCGGAAUCGUAUCUGCACUCUGCCGCCCAACCAAUGCUGCUGGCUGAUAGUAUGGGGGAGUCAUAA